GGUCACCGCCGGUGAGGAUAAGAAACGAAUCUGAGGUUUCAAGCGGGCGAGAAGGUGGAUGGUUUGCGAAAUGUUGGGGAGGAGAUGGGGGGGGAGCGGCGGGAUUAUAUAUAGGUGGGGAGAAAGGAAGAAGGAUCGAGUUUUAAGCGAAAUCCGGGGGCACGGCGUGAGGGGAGUGGCGGAGAUGGGAACUCGUGGAAGGGUGACGUCACGAAUGGGUCGUCAGCGGCGCGCCAUGUCAGCCUCGGCCUUGUCUGUAUUCAUGUGGCCUGGCGAAAAUUGGCCGUUGAUUUAUUUACUCGGCGAUUUCAUCGUCAGCGGAAGCUGGGAGGAUGGUGCCGGGAGAAAGAGACGAAUUUUUUAUGCAAUAAAUAUCAAUUAUCAAAGGGCGGAUGGCGCAAUUAAAAGUCAGGCAUUCCCACUUGAGCAAGAGGACCAGGGGUCAAAAAGCGGGCGAGGAAUUGGCGAUGAUGAUAACGUGACCAAAGAAAGGUGCAAUGUUUCUGGACAACUUGGAAAGAUAAGGUCACGUUGGUGAGGGCCACCGCCACCACCCACCCGUCCCUCGCACAAGCGCCUCUUUUGCCUUUCUGGUGGUUGCUUCGCUUCUUCGAAGACGUCAUCUCCGCUCUCCAGCCCGCACACCCACUUCCCACCAACCCAAUU